GUGAAGUGUGCAGCAGCUGAGAGUAAGACGCAGCCAGCCUACGCUCUGCCCUCCCCGACCAGCUCCCGCCAAAAGGUGUUUUGAGAGUGGUGAGGUCUGGUGAGGCUUCCCUGUACUGCACCUCCAGCCCUCCUCUCUCUCUCUCCCUCCACACGCCACACUGCCCGUAACCAUGACUGGCUUAAGCACAGGAGUGAUCGCCGACAUAAUUGAGGGGGCUCAUCCAGAGAACCCAGUUCUUCAGAUUUUGACCAUGAAGCGCAUUCCUAGUGGUGCUCAAGAGCGUUACCGCCUGCUGGUGUCGGAUGGCCAGUGGUCAAGCAGCUUUGCUAUGCUAGCCACACAGCUCAACAGCAAGGUUGCCACUGGAGAGAUUUCCAAUAACUGCAUAAUACAGAUGAACCGUUAUGUUUGUAAUACUGUUCAGGAUAACAAGAAGGUGCUGAUCAUUCUUGAUUUAACGGUGCAACAAUCUGGUGAAGACGUGGGCAUCAAACUGGGAGAACCAGUGAGUUAUGAUCCUAACAAAAGCAGAGCUCAACAGCAGCCGCAGCAGCCUUCUCGACCAAUGCCUUCCAUGGCAGCCACUAGUGCCCCUUCACCACGUAAUCCCCUAGGACAGCGCAACACACCAAACCUAGGGGUGUCCCCUGCAAAAACUCCAUCUGGUGGAAAUGUUCAUCCAAUUGCUUCUCUUACUCCAUACCAAAAUAAGUGGACCAUAUGUGCUCGAGUUAGUAACAAGUCAGCCAUUCGAACAUGGUCCAACUCAAGGGGUGAAGGUAAACUUUUCUCAAUGGAUCUUCUCGAUGAAUCUGGAGAAAUUCGUGCAACAGCUUUUAAUGAACAAGUGGACAAAUUCUUUGAUUUGAUCGAGAUAAAUAAAGUUUACUUCAUUACAAGUGCCACCCUCAAAUCUGCUAACAAACAGUACUCAAACCUCAACAAUGAUUAUGAAAUGUCUUUCAAUAAGAUGACUGAGAUAACACCCUGUCAUGAAGUAACGGCAAUCCCAGCUAUGCAGUUCAACUUUGUUCCUUUGGAUCAGCUUGAGAGUUUAGAAAAAGAUAAUAUUUUGGAUGUUAUUGGAGUGUGCAAGGAAACAAUGGAAUUAAGCACUAUCCAGCAGAGAACAACCGGCCGUGAACUAAAGAAGAGGGACAUACAGCUUGUAGAUGACACAAAUAGAGAAGUACGUUUGACGUUGUGGGGAACUACAGCAGAAAGCUUUGAUGGUUCCCAGCAACCUAUUCUAGCUGUGAAGGGAGCCAGAUUGUCGGAUUUCAAUGGACGUUCUCUGUCACUGUUAUCGUCAUCUUCAUUUCAGAUUAACCCUGACAUUCGGGAAGCUCACAAGUUGAGGGGAUGGUUUGACAAUGGUGGAAAUAAUUCUGAGACAAUUAAUCUUUCCAACCAAAGAAGUACAGGAGGUAUGGGUACCAACUUCAAAGUAUUUUCUGAAGCCAAGCUUGAAAAUUUGGGAAGUGCUGCUGAUGUUGCUGACUAUUACACAAAUAAAGCAACUAUUGUUUUAAUGAAAAAGGAAAAUUCCCUCUAUACUGCUUGCCCCACCGAGUCAUGCAAUAAGAAGGUUAUUGACAUGAACAAUGGCAUGUACAGGUGUGAGAAGUGCAACAGAGAGUUUGAUACAUUCUCCUGGCGACUUUUGCUUCAAGCCAACGUUGCAGACUUCACAGACAAUCAGUGGGUAACAGUGUUCCAAGAUCAGGCUGAAACUCUGCUUGGAGUUACAGCCCAAGAACUGGGUUCCAUGAGAGAAAAUAAUCCUGAAGGUUACCAGAAUGUCUUCACUGCAGCUGCAUUCCAGAGUUAUAAUUUUAAGUUCCGUGUCAAGAUGGAAACAUACAAUGACGAGAGCCGUUUGAAGUGUACAGUAGUUGCGUGCACACCGUUGGAUCCAAAAGAAUACAAUCGUCGUCUAAUUUCAGAAAUAAAACAAAUGUCGGGUCAAGCUUAAAACAGAUGGCCUCUUAAUAUAAGUAUUUUCAUAAAUAUUAAGAAGUAAUGUAAGGUCUUGUGUUUUUUAUUUUUUUUUAUAAAUAUCUCAUAUUUCAACAUUUAAAUCAUAUGUACAGAUAUAUAUAUAUAUAAAUUAUGAUUAUCUGAUACUUUCUGGUAGAAAAUUUGUCAGUACACUUGUAUCAUGGUGUUGUGGAAUCUAUUGUAACUUAGAAUAUUAAUUAAUAUAAAUGGCUUAUUUAAUCAUCUCUCCAGUGUGAGGUUAAUUGGUAAGUUAUGUAAAACAUUUUUCAUUUGUUAGCGUCAGUUUUCUAGUUACACCUUCCUGCAUUCUGGUGAAUAUUUAAAUGCAUAUGCAGUGAAUGGUAUUUUAUAUUAACUAGAAAUUGUAUGCAAUGGGAGAAUUGACCAAAGCCUUUGUUUGUGAAUGGUAGUAUGCUGGAGGGAUUGAGUCCAGCCAUUCAUUUUGCACUUUACCAUUUGGCCCACUAGGUUUAGAAAUGGUCUUUUUGUUUUUUUUUUACUAGCUAGUUUAAUAUGAAUGUAAUAUUUGAUUUUCUAAAUACUGUAUACAUGUUACUAUCAGUGUACUGUAUGUAGAAUAUUGUAUUAAACUUUUUUGUAUAAAUUUUUAAAUUACUAAAAGCUAAUCGGUCUCAUAAGUUAUUUGGUAUAACUUCUCAAAGAUUUCAAUAAAUUGUAUUUUUAUUUUUAACCUGUGUUGUUAAUUUUGAUGAUCCAAUAUAUAUAAUACUGUA